AUGAUCAAGCGGGGCAGCGUGGCUUUGGGUCCCAAGCCGACCAAAGCAUGUGUCAACUGUCGGAGACUUAAGAUGAAAUGUGAGGUCUCAGGGCCUGCUCCAUGCCGUCGCUGCCGACAUCAUCAGACGCCAUGCAUCUUCAAACCCCGGGCUAACGCAUCUGCGUUGCACGAAUUGGUUGAAGAGGCUCAAAAUGAGCUUCUCGCUUCUAGUUCAUCGACAUAUGACCAACAGUCAAUUCUUGACCGACUAGAUCGAAUUGAGGCCGCGCUGGGAAUCAGCCAGGAUGAGCCUCAGGCGGUCCCGGUCACCGAGAGUUUGGACUUGGAUGAAGAGACAGAUUCAGUGCCUUUGCAGGGCGUUUGGAAAGCAGUCGCUCACCUCAGGUCUAUAACACGGCCUGCGCCGGAUGACAAUAUAUGGUCAAGACCCAUUGUGAAACGCCUGUGGAGCUCUUUCUUGAAUAAUCUGCCCCUUCUUCAUUUUUUGAAAGACCGGGAUGUAUUUACUUCACCUACGCCAUUGCUUUUAGCUUCCGUGCUCUAUAUCUCUGCCCUUCAUCACGAGCAACCCGAGCUGGCAGCCAUGGGAUCAGGCUAUUUUGCAUCCACAUGCAGUGCGAUCGCCGAGCUGGUGACCCCCUGCUCAAAGCGAGAUUCGAUCGCUAACAGCGAUUCCUUUCCCGACGGAGAGCUGAUGGACUCUGUAAAAAGCAAGAAGGAAAAGGUCUUUCAUAACAUCCUAGGCUUGAUCAUGGCGAGUCUGAGCUCCGAAGCUUAUAUUGACGCAACUGGGUCAUGGAUCGCCAUCGCAUAUCGUCUGUGGCUGGAUCAUUGCCCUUCAGAUUUGGAUUCUUCCAUCUCAGACUGGCGGGGAUUAUUUUGCGGUCUUCAGGUGAUUGAUAUCGAGCAUGCAUCCAUGCACAUGACACACCCCCUAUUACCUCGCCAGCCACCCAAAUCUAGUAUCCAGCGCUUGGACACUCCCACUGGGAAUGCCUUCCAAGGUCUCGCUGAUAUGAUGCAUUACGGCUUGAGCCAUUUUGUCGGCAAAGGCUUGCCGACCAUCUGGUGCUCAAUAAAUGCAGACUUCUCUGGCAAUAUCUCUGCUCCACAUUCUUCCUUCUCAGACCAUGAUUCUGAUGUCAUUCGGCUUUGGGCACGCAAGCUGGAUGAUUGGCUGGUGCGGUAUAAUGGAACAUCCCAGCCCAGCCCGUCAGAUCGACAAGGGAUUCUCAUCCUACUGCAAUAUCACCUGCACAAGCUGUUUGUUCUAUCAAUAUACCACCCUGCUCGAGGAUUCGAUUUGAGCUCCGCAAAAAUUUCCCCCGCUGAGAGGCAUGAGCUUCUUGUUUCCGCAAGAACUGUGCUACGACUACGGCAGGAUGAUGCUAGCAUUUGGUCCAAUUGGGAUCUGAUUAUGAUAACUUGGGCUGCUAUACUACUCCUGCGUGGCGUAGAAGAUGGCAUGACACACCAAGACGACCUCCAUCUUAUCCAAGCACACCUCUACAGCCUAGAACGGAGUCAUCAGUCGGCAGCCAGUAUCCACACUGUCCUAUCACAGCGCCUCGAGUCAAGUAUGCAGGCUAUGCACACACCCCCAGACACCAGCUCAGCAUUAGCAUUCCCUGGACCGAUGGUGGAUGACUCAUGGACGAUUUUCGACCAAGAGAUUAUGUCCCUGGCUAACCCACCUUGGCUAUUUCAAGAUCCAUUACCUUUCCCACAGGCGCAGAAGUCUUCAACUCAGACAGCCCCAGAUGCCCAGACCGGCUUGUCUUAUGAUGCCAGUCUUUUGACCCACAGUGCCCAGCAAUACCCGGCCAAUAACCAAUGGAGCAAUGCAGAGCAAUUGCAUGGUGCAUUGCCAUCUACGUUGAAUAGGAUAUUCGGAAAUGAGGCGCCAAAUCAUGGAAAUAGAUUGAUCUAA